AUGAAGAAAGCAGUUAUACAGCUGAGACAGAAUUAUGAGAAGAUGAACCCUCAAGGGAAAAGAAAUAACUCUCACAAACAAAGCUUACUCAGAUCUACUCCUUUGAGAUCUGAAAAUUCGGUAAAGGAGAGAAUUGCCUCUGAAGAUUAUGCUAAUAACACUCUUCAGAGCUUUGCUAUAAGGCCAAUUAAUCGAAAAUCUGAGGAUAAGAAGGCUAUAAAGGAGCAAGAUAUGAACAACCAGUAUAAAAAGCUAGCUCAAAGCCCGUCACAUAUGAAAAGUAUGGAUACAGAGCAUGACUCUUUUCAUCAAAGGAAUAGCUACUUGACCCUUGGAAAGCAAUACCUCCUCUCAUUUAACAAAGAGUCAGAGGGGAUGCAUAUUAACGCAACGAAGUUGGGCUCCUCUAAGGAUUUUCAAAACAGUAUGUCAGCCAAGAAUAUUCCAGAGAAUUCAAGUUUUAAAUAAGUCAAAAUUCUUUCAAGAUCAACUGAAAAAUCUUGAAAAGGGAUCUGUCAUGAAGAUAAAAGAUAGGCUAAAGAUUCUCAGCUGUGCACCGGAUGAGAUCCAGAAAAAGUAUAAGAUGAUAGCUGCAAAGAGGCUUCCGAUUUAUCAGCCAGAUCCUCGUGAGAAGUAUGGAUAUACCAAAUAUUUUGACAAGACUAAGCAAUACAACACUACAAAGGAAUACACCAGAUAUCUGGAGCAAAGAAUCAGAGAGGACGAGCUAGAGAGACCUCUAAGGCUGAACACUGGGAAUAGCUCCCAGUGGAGCCAGAUAGAGUCUGUCAAGCAAAAAGAGUUGCGACUUCAACAUGGAGUUGUAUAUUCUGAUUACAAGAAUAAGAAGCCCACUCAGAAACACAAGCAUCCUUUUAAUAUCAAGGUAAAAUCACAGAUCUCAAAUGACUUUUUAAGAGAAGUUGAUAAGAACUUACAUCCUGAACAAAGAAAGAUCAGCGGAAAGUACUUUGCAAGCUCGCACUACUCCCCUUUGGAGUUGCGUCAACUUCAGAUGGAGUCGAGACUUCUCGGAGAGAAGAUAAGAGGGAACUCUUUACUAAAGAAAUUGAUGAGAGAUUCACAUUUCUUAUCAGAUAAGGUAAACCUUGACUCAGAGAGAUCACAGCUGGAUUAUCAUCUCAGCUUUGAUUAUACCAAAGAAAUUCCAAGAGAUUUGUAUUAUAAAGAAAAGGCUAAAAUUAAUAUCGAAGGUAAAAAGAAUAAGCAGUAUAUACGAAUUAAACAGAGGAAGCCAAGCAUUAUUGAUAAGAGAAGGACCGAAAGCAGUGCAGCUUACAGGGACAAAUUCAGCCAGAACAAGACAAAUGAGGAAAUUAAGGAAAGAUGCAAGACCCAACUUAAAGAUCCACAGCCUUUGCCUAUCAAGAACAAAGAUAUCAAAGAAGAAAUAAAAGACUCAAAACCAAUCAAGAAAUAUCUUAAAUAAAAUGAUCCAACUGAACUUAAUGAAAGGUAUAAAGAACCCAGAGGAUGAACUACAAAAGGAACGGGAUAAACAACAACAACUUCGUCUGAAAGCUCGACAAAAGUUUAAUUUAGUUUCCCAGAAUUUCAAAAGUAUUGCCAAGAAUCAGAAAUAUAAAUACAUAAUUGCAGAUUUUAGCAGCUCAAGGACAUCAUCUUAAACUUGG